CUCAGCUCUUCUCUGCUGCAGGACCUUACCUGUUCCACGCUCCAGCGCUGUACAAUCUGCAGUCUCUGGUCAUCCCCUGUACUGUCUUCAGUCUCUGGUCAUCCCCUGUACUGUACGCAGUCUCUGGUCAUCUCUUGUACUGUCCGCAGUCUCUGGUCAUCUCCUGUACUGUGUCCGCAGUCUCUGGUCAUCUCCUGUACUGUCUUCAGUCUCUGGUCAUCAUCCCGUGUACUGUCUGCAGUCUCUGGUCAUCCCCUGUACUGUCCGCAGUCUCUGGUCAUCCCCUGUACUGUGUCCGCAGUCUCUGGUCAUCUCCUGUACUGUGUCCACAGUCUCUGGCCAUCUGCUGUACUAUGUCCGCAGUCUCUGCUCAUCUCCUGUACUGUGUCCACAGUCUCUGGUCAUCUCCUGUACCGUGUCCGCAGUCUCUGGUCAUCUCCU